CCCUCCCCUCUCGGCUCCCGUACGACCGGAAGUGCGUCACUAUCAGGUGGCCGGAAGUGGCGGUGGGGCUGGCGGGCGGCAGGGCCACAGCCGGCGACGGCGCCGGGCCCCGUACCUGGAAGCAAUUGUGACCCCAGUAAGUUGUGAUCCAUGGCUACGGUGUUAAUACGCCGAAGAUUUCCAAGGCUGAGCAGGGUGACUACAUUUUUGACUACUGCCAAAUUCAAGGCCGAGAGCGGAAGCAACGAAAGUAAGCAGGAGGAAGAGAACCCAGAAACAUCCAACAGCAGACCCGAAUCCACAGCCACGAUCCAGUUGCUGGAUCCUUUGGACUACAGAGUGUUGUAUAAUCCCUCUGCCUAUGCCAAGAGCAGAGCAGCCUCCCAGCAGAAUGCUGCUAGGAGCUGCAGCCAGGCUCUCACUGAUGAUUCCACCAGCACUGGCACCUCCCAGGUUCAGCAUACAUUCACUGCCACCUCUGCUCAAGCUUUGCCACCUGUCAGAAAUGCCCUGCCAAAGCCCAAACCGCACCUCAAACAGCCCAUACCAGCACAACUCUCUGCAGCACAGACCAUGAAGAAGGAGAUAGAAAUGGAAAAAGCAGAGAUGCACGACUCCAAGGAGGACCCUCGUGUGUUCCAGCAAGGGAGGCCUGAGUACAAAUCUCUCAGCUAUGAUAAAUUUGAGCCAAUAGAGACCCUCUCUUCGGAAGAAGGUGACUUGAUAUUGCACAGCAUACCCAUAUCCAAGGGCAGCCACAGCCCAGGAACUGUCACAGAUUAUUUUUGCAAGCUGAGUCGUUUGCCGGUGGAACGACGCGCAGGGUUGAUGGUUGACCCCAGGUUUAAUACACUGUGUUGCUGUGCUAUUGAGAACAUCCAGUCGUUCAGCACUUCAGAACUCACUGAUAUCUUAAAGGCCUGCGUUCGUUUGGUUGUUCCACCCACCCACCCUGUGCUGAACGCCUGCGAGAGUGAAUUCUGCCGGCGCGUGUGGGACAUGAACCUGGACCAGCUGCUGCUGGUGGCAGAUUGCUGGCGCUGCCUGGGGCGCAGCGUGCCUUCCUACCUGAGCAUUUUGUUCAGCUAUGCCAACAUGCAUUGGACAGAGCUCACUUUGCCCCAGUUUGUUCAGCUUGUUUAUAUCAUCGGCGAAGGCCGCAAGUCACCCGUGGACUUGAUGCAGAAGCUGGAAAGUGUGAUUUUGAAGUACUUGGAUUCCUGCACCUUGGAGGAGGUGGGUGCUAUUUGCUUAGGGCUCUUCAAAUCCGUCAGCGGUAUCUCUGACCACGUCAUGAGAAAGAUUGCAGACAGAGUCUCCCUGGAGAUGGAAGAUAUGGGCACUUACGCUUUAGUGAACGUGCUUAAAAUGCUCCGCUACACUCGCAUGGAUCACCUGCCCCUGCUGAGGAAACUUGGGAAGGUUGUCCCUGCUCGAAUUCCUACAACAAACAUCCAGGGUAUCAUGCACAUCACUCUUAGCUGUUCAUCCCUGCACUACUAUGAUGAAGGCAUUUUGGCUGCUGUCGCCGCGUCUUUGCCUUCCAAAGUGUCUUACUGCCGCAGCAAGGAUGCUGCCAAGUUCUUAUGGUCGUUUGGAUGCCUGGACUACGAACCUCCAAAUGAAGAAGAGUUUUACUCCAGCCUGAUAGAGCAGAUGCUUAGAAAACGCCAUGAAUUUGAGAAGUUUCCAGAGCAUCUCCUUACUGGCUUGCUUGGCCUGGCAUUUGUCAAACGCUUCCCGGAGGAGCUGAUAGAUUAUGCUUUGAGGGAUGAGUUUGUCCAUAAGGUGAGAGGAAGUAAAUAUGAACUCAGAAAGGACCUGUUCACGCUUGGGAAGAGUGUUGAAAUUGAGUGCCCAGGCUACCGAGGCAGCCGUCUUUCACCUCACCUUUAUGAAGAGAUGACUGAGAUCGUUCUGAAUUUUGCAGAGCAGGAAAUCUUUGUCAGGCCUGAAAUCGUGGAAGCCGUGUCUCUUCUCAAGAGCAUGUUAGGUGGUGCUGAGUAUGUGAAAAACCACAUGAUUUUGCCUCACACCAGAUCGAGCGACUUGGAGGUUCAUCUGGCCAUGGAUGGGCAUCCCAUCCCUUUCAACUCAAGCGACGCCGUUGCAAAUAAGAAGCUCAGAGACAUAGGAGUUAGUCUAACAGAUGACCUAAUGGCUCAGCUUAUCAAAGGGAAAUCUAACAGCCAGUCCUCUGCAGAGGUGGAAACUGAAGCCACGGCUCCUAGACAGGAGUGGAACAAAGCACCAACGCCACGUGCAUCAUUUGUGGGUGGACCCGUUACCACAGGCACCGGAUUGCAAGUCGCUGCUCCAUCAGGGAGCUGCCCUGGGGCCUCCCCUUCUCUUGUGCCCCUCCAGCAGCCCCAAGGGAUAAGGCUGGCCAUCCAGGUGUCCAACCGUAACCACUACUGCUACUUGUCCAAGCGGCUCUUGGGGCUGCACUGCCUGAAGAGGCGGCAGCUGAAGCAGCUGGGCUACGUGGUGGUGGAGCUUCCCUUCUGGGAAUGGUUCCCCCUGCUCAAACGCACACGCUUGGAGAAACUGAGCUACCUCCAUUACAAGGUGUUCAACCCAGUGCUGCUCAGCAAGGCUGGCUGACAGCCCGGGGUGUGCUUGCUUGGGGGGCUGCUGCAGCCUCCCAGGUGCUGGUUAGAAAUGAUCUUUGGAGUGCUGGUGAAGCUACUGUAGGUGCUUUAUGUGCUGGAUCUGCCUUGUCUUAGAUAAUUCUGCUCUGUUCAUGACCACGUGUCCCGUGCUCCUUGUUGUUACAUCGAUCUGCAAAUGCUGCUGUGACAAAUAAAACUUACCUUCAUAUUAAUUUUCUUCCAUUAUUACCUUUUUUUCCCCCCCCUCUAUUCUUCAUGAAAGCCGAUGGAUUUGUUUGCUCUGAGUGCAGAACAGUGUCACGAUCUUUAGGAAACAAUUGGAAUAGAUGUUAGGGAUUGGUCUGUUCUCCCAGGUAACUGUAGGACAGGAGGUAAUGGCCUCAAGUUGUGCUCCAGUGGGUCAGGUUGGAUAUCAGGAGAAAUUUCUUCCCUGAAAGAGAGGUCAGGCAUUGGAAUGGGCUGCCCAGGGAGGCGAUGCAGUCACUGCUCCAACAACCAUGGAGAUGUGGCACUGAGGGCCAUGGUCAGUGAGCAUGGUGGGGGUGGGUUGGGGUCUUUGAGUCCUUCGUAAUCUUUGAGCUGUUUGUUUUGCUGGGUUUGUUUUGCUGUUCUGUGGGUGUUGUGCUUUAACAGCGUUCGUAAAUUCGGAGCCUCCUUAUGUCACAGCUGCCUGGGCUGUCACUGACAAUUUAAUUGACAGAGGUUAUGAAGAGCUUGGUAGAUGAAGAAUAACAGAAUCAUGUGAUCUCAGUAACAGCCUCAGGUUUGGAAGGAGCUUUCCCAUGUUGUUGGGUCACAAUGUGACUCUGUUCCAAGGGGUGGCUUCUGUCACCUGCUUGGCACCAGGCAGCACACUUGCAGGACCCCCAGGGGCUUGGGAACCCCCACAAGCAAAAUUUCAACAGCAACUUGUGGGAAUGAGGUCUCAAAACGUUUGAGUUUGCAGCAAGGUAGGGGUGGAGGCACCUCUCUGCUCAUUUUCAUUUAAAGAAGGCAUCACCAUGGCUUGUCACGUGCAAAUGCAGCGAUCUGCUCUGUUGGAAGGGGAUGUGGGAAAGGGCUAAACUGACAGCAGGUUCAAAAUGAACUUCAGAGCAGUCGCUUUGUCAGACAGCAAGUAGUCAGAGUUACUGCCAUUAGAUGUGAGUGCCAAAAGUCAAAGCAGUUCAAAAGCCUACUUGAGAAAAUUCCUCGCUGCCUCCCUUGUAGCAAUGGGGAACGCAUCAGGCUCAGAAAGGCAGGAAAAGUGAUGCUGGAGGAGCUUUGGUUCAUGCUUGCCCAGCACCUGUGUUAUUGCAAAUCCCUAUCAGAGAAGAUUCUGGGGUAGAAGAGGGGCUGAUACGAGUGUGGAGUCACCAUCUCCAUGUGGGGACUCAAGCACCACUGAGGGAUGUGGUUCAGUGGCACAGUGGGGAUGGGUUGGAGUUGCAUUUGGUGAUCUUAGAGCUCCUUCCUGACAUUAAUGAUUCCAUGUUUAUUUGAACACUGCCACUCGGUCUACAACAGGGGAAUGGAAAUAGGUGGUCUUUAAAGUCCCUUCCAAUCCAAGCCACUCUGAGCUGUACCUCAGAUGCUGAACAUCAGCACUUGAGAACCAAUAAAAGGCUGUGGAGCAUUAAAAGGCAGCUUGUCCUUGAAGGAAGCAGGAGGUUCCUGAGGUCGCCCGAGGCAGUAACAUAUUAAAACUAAGGUUAAUGUAAGGUUAAAGCUCCUACCUCGCAGAUAAUUUCAUUCUUAAAAGGAGUUGGAUGCAACCAAUGCGAGUCACGUUCUUUCAGUGAAGAUGGUGCACACACUUGAGCACUGUUAGAAGAAUCAUCUCAGUGUCCAGAACACAGAUAAUCUCCCUUAGAGCUAUUAAAUGCUCCCUUGGGGCAACCAGUAAUGGUUAUUAAUAUUGGUGUUUCAUCUUUGCCUGUAUCCAAGGCUCCCUGAGCCCCUGGGAGCCACAUCUCCUCAUGGCAGCACUGGGAAUGGCUGCUCUUACCCUCUUGGAGCCUUGGCAUGCAAGUGGUCUGCUCGACUAUGGCUGCCAAACCUCCUGCAGUUAGCAUUCAGAUCUGAUCUAAGCACCUUCUUUAAGCAUAGGUAGGAGGUUUUCAGUAAAAAGAGCCAUUUUCCAGCUUCUGAUGUUUCUCCAGGGGUUCACAACUUAAUAUUUUUAACACAUUUUUCUUCCCAUUCCAUCUCUCCACAGUUAACGUUGGCCUCACCUCCCAGACUCAGAUCCGAGCUGUGUUUCAGGAGCUCCUGAGCCUGUAAUUCAUGCAGGUGCUGUAACACAAGGUCCUUUUACAGAUCACUG